GCUUCACGGUAAUCACACUUUUCCUUCUAGCCACGCCAAGUUUGAAACGGCGUACUAUGUGUGCUGCACUUACUAGCGCUAUGUGAACGCUUUGUAAAUUGACGCAUCUGCAAGAUUUCCCCGUCACUGUUUGGGCGGUCUACCUGUUAACCUCAUUGACUGGAUCCGGUCUUACCUUCACAAUCGCAAGCAGUAUGUUAAAGUAAAUGACUGCAUCUCUGGUAUUCUACCAGUAUCAUCCGGAGUUCCUCAAGGGAAUCGAAGCUCAAGUUUGCGGAGUAACGGCAACGUCGCGCCUGGCCUUGGCGGUGAGCUCCGGAAAACUUGAGGAGAAACGCCAGAGAGGUCGCAGGUUUCACGGAAGAGAUGACUGUGAUUGAGUAUCUGUCACAGCUUGGCACCAACCCAUAUUUUGGGGCUGGUUUUGGCCUAUUCGGGGUCGGUGCAGCAGCCGCAGCACUACGGAAAGGAAUGCAGUGGGGCAUGGUGCUGUUCAGGCGCCACUAUAUGAUCACCUUGGAGGUGCCCUGUCGGGACAAGAGUUACCAGUGGCUGCUGCAGUGGAUCACACAGCAUGCCCGCCACACACAGCACCUAAGCGUCGAGACUACCUUCUCACAGCCAGAGGCUGGUGGCAGUGCGCGCACCUCCUUCGACUUCAUUCCCAGCGUGGGCACACACUUCUUUGCGUAUGGGGGCUCGUGGAUCAGAGUGGAGCGAAGUCGGGAACAGCACACUCUGGACUUGCACAUGGGUGUGCCUUGGGAAACUGUCACGCUAACUGCCCUGGGUCGAAACCGGCAACUCUUCUUCCGCCUACUUGAGGAAGCCCGUGCCCUUGCUCUGGAGAAGGAGGCCGGUCGCACAGUGGUCUACUGUGCAAUGGGCUCUGAGUGGAGGCCCUUUGGUCUGCCGCGGCAGCGCAGGCCUUUGGACUCGGUCAUUCUGGACGCGGGCAUAGCUGAGCGUUUGCUGGCCGACAUCCGAGAGUUCAUUGCCAACCCCCAGUGGUAUGCUGACCGAGGCAUCCCAUAUCGAAGAGGAUACCUGCUGUAUGGACCUCCAGGUUGUGGCAAAAGCAGUUUCAUCACAGCCCUGGCGGGUGCCCUUGAGUACAGCAUCUGUGUGCUCAACUUGAGUGAGCGGGGCCUGUCGGACGACCGUCUGCAGCAUCUCAUGUCAGUGGCGCCCCAGCAGAGCAUCAUACUGCUGGAGGACAUCGAUGCUGCCUUUGUCAGUCGCGAGGAAAGCAGCACAGUGAAGGCAGCCUAUGAGGGCCUCAGCAGAGUGACAUUUAGUGGUCUGCUCAACAUGCUGGAUGGGGUAGCCUCUGCGGAGGCACGAGUUGUCUUUAUGACCACCAAUCAUCUGGACCGGCUGGACCCGGCCCUUAUCCGUCCCGGGCGCGUAGACGUGCGCGAGUUCGUGGGCCCAGCGAGUGACCACCAGUUGGCGGCGCUGUUCAGGCGCUUCUACCCACAGGAGGGCGAGGCAGACGCCGGCGCAUUUGUGCAGGCCGUGCGGCAAGAGUUUGGCCUCAUGCCCCUAAGCAUGGCGUUGGUGCAGGGCUACUUCCUCUUCCACAAGGACGACCCCCGGUCAGCCGUCCGAAACGUUGCGCAGAUGGCCAAGUUGUGAUGUCAAGCGUGCUUGUGCAGCAGUUGUAUGCAUGCGUGCGAAUCACAUUUUAUGUUCAAUAAUAAAAAAAAUAAACGCAGGUGUUUCGACUACUACAAAUAGAGCAAUGAAUUAGUAUUAUGUUGUUGGGCGGAAGAGAGAGCUGUUCGCUAUUCUGGCUGAUUGCAACAAAAUUUGCUCACACUGUAUAAUACAGUAGAACAUGUGACGGAAAUGCUGUGCCUUCUUGCACAAAAAAAAAAAAGAAAUUUGGAAUUGGGCAUGUUGUGCGUGCGCAUUAGAAGGAAUAGUGCUUAGCCUACAAGCGAUUCGUCUAAGGGUCGGGGUUUUGAAGCGUAUGUAUUUGGUGACGCAUUUGAAAAAGAAGUGCUGUGGCACAAGUAUUUAUGACAGCAGGUUCGGUCUUGGGUUCCGUGGUUGCAUUUCAAUGGGUGCGAAAUGGCAAGAAACGCUGGUGGGUGGGUGCAAAACAUUAUUGUUGUUCGGCAAGACGCAUGUUAGCGCGCAGUAGUAGACCACUUUCACAUCAGGACUGCCAGGUCAAGUUUGUCAGCCGCUCCGCGACCACGCUGGGCACUGCAGUUCAACACUGUGAAAGCUACGGGGUGUAAGAAAAAGCGUUAGGUAGAAGAAGCUAGAAGCUUCCGAUGAAAAAUCAGUAAGCAGGCACUUUGUCGAGCUGAGGUGUCGACAAGCAGACUUGUCUUCCUCAAGGGUAAAACACAACCGAUUUUUUAGUGCUUGCGUGUCUACGCAACACCCCCUAGAUUUCUUUUUAGCGGGUGUUGGUCUAAGUUUCGUGCUCUCUCCUCCAUCCUAACAAAGCAGGAGGGGAGGGGUAACAUUGAACGCGUGGGUAUAAAAGAGUGGGAUGGGUGGCUGUGACAAACUGUAUGAGUGAAGAAGGAACAGGUGUUCCGCCAAGGAAAAUAAAUCCCAUUUGUCAGAAGU